AUGCCCGCAGAUUCUUUAAGAUGCACCUCUGCUUUAACAGGUAUUCUGGCAUUUGUUUUCCUAAUCAUUACUGUAUACAUCGAUGUGUUUAAAUUGGUGAAAGGCUCUAUUGGAAUGCCCAGAUUGCUUCCCGAUAUUACUGAUAUUAAUUCAGCUUGGAAACUCUUUACCAUCGUCCGUGUUCUUUGGCUGCAUAUGUCUUCCAUUUUAAUGCCUGACAGUCCAGCCGAGCUAGGUAACAAGAUAUACGAGAUGAUGGCAAUGGCCCUUGGAGGAAGGUGGGGCAGACUCGAGGACAACGAAGCGGAAUCCACAGAAAAUGCUACAGAAUCUGACGCAAGCUCGUCUGAUGGUUCAGAAUCUCAAGUCGUUGAGGCCUCAGAAGUGAGGACUGAGAAUGAUCCUUGGAGUGCUUGA